CGUGGGUGUAGCGAUGGAGAUGGAGAAGGGACAUACGUCUAUCAGGAGAGGGGUGAGCUGGAGUCCAGGAGGAUUGAGAAAACCUCUCCAGGCAACGCAAGACAUGGACACUCCUGGGACAGGGUGCAAUGCAUCAUGGGAGAAGACAGGAAACAACAAAGAACAGAUGAGCCGGAAAACAAACCUGACCCGGAGUGCCAGUUUAUCAGAGAAGGAGCUCAAAGAGGCUCGAGUCAGGAGUCAGAUCAUCGCUGCUCAGCUCACCAUCCCUUCCAACUCCAGCUCCAGAGGCGUGCAGCUCUUCAACCGCCGCAAGCAGAGAGUCAGCGCCUUCACGCUUGAAAGCUGCGGAGAGGGGUCAGAGGAGGACAGAGCGGAGAAUGUGAAAACCAGCCCCUUGUCUAACAAACUGACAUGGGCAGAGAGGAGCAGUGAGGAGAAAGACAGAGAUCUCAACUUAAAGAAUAUCUCUACCAAACCACUUUUCUCACCACCUGUAAGGGUACCUACAGUGGGUGAUAUCAUGGAGGAACCAGGGAAAGAUUUCCACAAAGAACAGGACAUGGAGGACAGUGUUAUUCAAGAGAGACACUUCCUCCCUGUCAAGGAAGAGCAGGAGGAGGAGGAGGAGGAGGAGGCAAGAGAUAAAAUCCAUGAGGACAGAGUCAAGGAUGAGAUUCCCCCUGGAAGUAAUAAUACUGAUCCAGUCAUGAUGGGACAUGUUGACGGGGAAACAGAGAUAAAUGGGGGCCACACAGGACCAGCUCCUCGUGGAAAGCUUCCUAAUGGCUGCCACAGUACCUCUGGACCUGAGAGGGUGUCUGUGUCAACUUCCAAGCAGACAAGCACCAUCAUCAACAGAACUGCCAGGCCCUUUUUCUCCCCGCCGACAGUGCAGUCUCCAGAGGCCGCCAGCCCCGUCAUGGACAUCCCCCCUCCUCCUUCUUACACCACUCCUGCUCUCCCCACUUUCACUGCUCCCCAACCUGCAGUGUUCUCACCUCCGCCUCCGUCAUAUCCCACGCCUCCACUACCGGCCUUCACAAACCAACCCCCACAGGCCUACUACUCCAGUCCACCUCCGAUGUCUCCCGUGAUGUCGCCUUCCUCUCCUCCACCAUCCCAGUUCCCUGUUUCUUCUGUAUCUCGCUACCCGCCCAUGCCUCAUUAUGGCCCUCCCACGGCCCCAAAACCCUCCGCCUUUGUUCCUCAGCCCUCUGGAGAGAGGAGGCCGAUAACACAGAUCAAAACAGGAAUACUUGAGGAGGGGGCUGCCAGGAGGGCAAGUAGGAAGUCGAUGUUCACAUUCAAAGAGAAGCCAGUGGUAGCUCCUAACCCUGAGCUGCUCUCUCUGGUGCAAGGGGCGGAUGAAAGGAAGAAACAUGGACUUAGAUCUGUGCCUGAGCCAACAUCCGAGGAAGAGUUACUGGCUCUGGGCGCAGAGGCCUCCAACUUCCUUGCCAAGGAAGAGGACAGGGCAGAGGAGGCUAGAGCUCCAGAGUGGGCCUCCUGCCUCAAGAGCUCCAGGACCCGACCGAGGGCAGAGCACAGGCCAGAACAGAACCUUACCAAUGUUUCAGGGAAAGGGGCUGAGCUGUUUGCCAAGCGUCAAUCCAGGAUGGAGAAAUAUGUUGUGGAGAAUCAGAAUCCAGGACAAGUGAGGUCUCCUUCUCCCACGAUGUCUCUGCCACCGUCGUGGGUUUACCCAUCCAACAUGCCCGGCAGGGUCAAGGCCAUCGCUAAAAACUCUGACAUGAGCGCUCAGCUUUCACAAAACCUAAAAGCCCAACAAGCAGUCAAGCAAAAGCCGAGGCAAAAAGCUCCACCGCCGCCUCCAGCUCCAGAGCCACCUCUUUUAGAGAACGGAUGCUCCAAGAUAGAGAUGGACCUGUCAAGGCACCGGCCCUACCAGCUCAACUCAUCCCUCUUCACCUUUAAUCCAGUCAAGGACCCCAUUAGUACGCUACCAAGAGGAGCACCACAGGCCAAGAACAUGAUCUCUACCCUGCCUUUCUCCAGACAGACUUCUGCACCCAGCAACCCACCCUCUCACUUCAGUACCCAGUGCAUGUCUCCUCAGCUGCCUCUCAGCCCCACAGGGGGUGCAGAAUAUCUGUCAAAUCCAGCGUCUGGGCAGCCAAGGAUCAGUUCUCCCAUGCCUGCCUUUUCUCCAGAGCGAGUGUCCUCUCCCCGGUCAGGAGCCCAGGCACCAAGGCCCACAUUUUCUGCCAAGAGGGCAGGGAUUGCACCACAGACACCAAAGGACUCCACCCCAGUUGAAACUGGUGAGACUCCCACGCCAACUAGGACGCCCAGUUUCACCAGACGUUUCAGCAGCCCAGAGGGUCGCACCACAGGAACUUGGACUCCCAGCCUCCAAACUAAUCGCUCCUCCGCCACCACCUCCAGCUCCAACCGCUCAGUCACUUCCCCUGUCUCCUCUCCCAGGGGUAGAAGAUGCCAAUCCCCUAUGGCCAGUCAGAAUAUCCAAUUUUCCAAUGUUACCUCCACUACAACAUCCAGACCCUCCCAACCAUCUACAACCACCUCUCCACGCUCACCUCCUUGGGGUUCAAGAUGUCAGUCCCCAUUGGUAAGCCAGAAUACUUCCACUGCCGUCUCCAUUUCUACAUCCAGACCCAACCAAAUACCCACAGCCACAACUCCAGUCUCUCCUCCUUGGGGUUCAAGAUGUCAGUCCCCAUUGGUAAGCCAGAAUGCUUCCACAUCAAGACCCUCCCAAAGCACCACAGCCACAUCCCCACACCCUUCUCCUUGGGGUUCAAGAUGCCAGUCCCCAAUGGUGAGCCAAAAUACCCAGUCUUCCAAUAUUUCUUCUGUUCCUACAUUCAGACCCUCCCAAACUUCUUCAACUACUGCUCCUCCUUGGGGAUCGAGAUGCCAAUCCCCAAUAGUAAGCCAGAAUAUUUCCACUGUCUCCAUUUCUACAUCCAGACCCUCUCAAACACCUUCAGCCACAUCUCCUGUCUCCCCUCCUUGGGGUUCACGUUCCCAGUCUCCUGCACUCUCUCAGACCAGUUUAUCAUUCCCCGCCACUAAACCUUUGUACACAUCCUCUGCCACCUCUCCCAUUUCCCCAACCAAAGACAGUCGCUGCAUGUCCCCAAUUGUUAAUAACUUAGACUCUAAGGCCAACCAUCGCCUCUUGGCAAAGAACAUCAUCAAUGCAGCCAAACGUAAAAACAGCCCCUCUCCUGGUGCACUGAGUGGUCACAGCCUCCCCAUCUCACCUCUGGGAAAUUCCCACCAUGGCUAUGACUGUCACAAACCACCCAUCAGCCCCUUCCAGUCACGUGCACUGGGGGCCCAGUCCCCUAUCUUCACCAGCCCUCCUCCCACUCCAACACAGAGGAUCUGCUCCCCUGUGAGACUUUACAACACUCGCUCCCUCACCGACUCUGAUGCCUCUGUUGAGUCUGAGGACUCGGGCCUCCGAUCACCUGGCCUACACUCCUACAACACCUGUCCUCGCGGCUGGGGAGGCAGCCUGAGAGUGAAAAGAAGCACUGUCUCCACUGAUCUGUGAGGGUGUCAGUAAAGCAUAAUUUCCAUUUUCAUAGACUUUUGUGCCAUUGGAACAACCAGUAAAAGAUAUUCCGAUGAAGUUUCAUCAAACUAAUGUUAGACAAGUUGCUUUUCUGCAACUUUGAUUGCAGAUCCUGGACAAUGGUAAAUGUAUCAAGGUAGUAUUAGUAUUUCAUAUGAUUCACAGUCAUAGUAUGAACUGACAAGAACAAGCUUUUUACAUAACAAAGUUGCUGUGGCUUGUACGCUUCUUAAAUACCAAAAAGUGCAAAGAUUCAAGAUAACCAAAGAUAUUUGAAUUCACUCUAAAUGAAUGUUAUACUUUUUGCAUCUUCACAACAAAUAUACCUUUACAGUCACUAUUGCAGUUUAAUAGUGUUACAGUAAAGGAGUAUCGGUUUUGAAUGUUAUUAAUGAAUUAUAUAUUGCUGGUCUUACACAAGGAAAACUGGGAAGAGACUUCUAGGCAGAGAAGGGACACACAAAAUGAAAAUUAUGUACAUACAUAUUUUGUUGGACUAUGCAGUACUUUGGUUGAGGCAUUCUCCUUGGUCUGUAUUAAUAAAGGAUCAAAUUUAACCAUACAGUGAAUUCAUAAUUAAUAUUAAUUUAGACAAUACUAGGGUAAAUUAGUUUCCAUAAUUUUUCCAUGACAAAAACAUAGUGGUAGGUAGGACACAAGGUAAUCACAUUAUCAUACCAUGGUCAAAGUAUUCAUCACAGUUUAUUAUCCAUCUUAAUCAACGGGAAAUAAAUAAUAUGCAUAAUCAUCACAGUGCAAUAAUCAAUUUAACACAUGUAUAUAUGUUGCUUUACGUACUGCAUUUGCUAAAAUGAAUGUAAGGUUUACAGACAGACUGACAAAGAAUGACAGAAAAAAGCCAGUGCUGAGUAGGAAGAGUUAUGUGGGGUCAGAUGGGGCAUAGAUGCACUUGUUCAAUCAAACACUGUUUCCAUGUUUCAGGAAGAAAAAUGAUUUUAAAGGGCUUUUUUUUGCUAAUGUCUAAACAUUGAUGAUGAGCAGUUUAAUGAACAAAUGUAAUCUGAACAUAUAGUACAAAAUUAAUGGCAUAUUGAUUGUAAUAAUCAUUUUGGAGAGUAUGUAUGCCUGAUUUUGUUCCUUGUUCUGGUCACAAACAGUCAUUCUUUUUCAUAUUGCUAAUGUCCUUCAGGAGGAACAGAUUAACCUAUUUUGUGCCUGUCUUGGGUGUACAAAGAACCUGUUUUGGUGAUGUUUAGAAGCAAAAGCGUAUGUUACAACAGUGGAGAAGGUACAACAACAUGUUAUUGUUAUACUUUCAUGGGGAAAAAAGGUUAGAGGAAUGUUGUAUGUUGUGAAAUACUAAUUUGAGCGUUUGCAAGAAAAGGAUCAAAGGAAAGAUAUGUAUUUUAAAUACAUAUGAAACUCUAAUGUACAUUAUCUUUAACUUCCGAGGUUUCUUUUUAUACUUGAUUGCACUUCUAUUCAUUCCAUCUCAGCAGCUACAUUUGCAUUGUUUAAAACUUGAUUUGCUCAAACCAGUGUCAUUCACAAUAAAACAAGCAAACAAAUAAAUAUCCUACUGUAAAAACCAGAACAUUCCUGCACAAUGCGACAUGCUGUUAUGAUGGUGGCAAUUAGCUGUAAACCUGACUGCUGCUCUCAAAUCACAGCUAGCUUUCAAGUUUCAAGUGAGUCAUAACUAAAAGCCAUUUUACACCGUUCCCAUCUUUUCCAUUCCUGUACCAGCACACACAACAGAUCAUCCCUUCGUCCCCUGACAUGCAGGCUAAAAGCAUCAGCACAUUUCUAAAUAUUCAGUGUGUCUUUGGAGUGACAGGAACACCUGCUGCAUGGUGACCUGGCUCCUUCAGCAGGAUUAAGCCUAUAUCACUGUCAUGGAUUGGUUUCAACCUGGUUCACCUCUGGACAGACCAAACACUGCUGACAUCCAAACACAGAGAAGAAUCAUUACAUUUUUGAGUUCUGUGAGUUUAUUUUGGCUCUUGGUUGCAUUCCUGCAUUUUAUUAUUACAGCACAUGUUGUAUUUCAAAACUGUAUGAUUUCUGCAAAAUAAAAAGUGAUGACACUCCAAUUGAAAUCAUC